GUUGUUAGGGUUUUAGUUUAUUCUAUUUUCAUCCUUCACUAAAAAGGAGUUUGAUGUUUUCGGAUGUGAUGUUCUCAUUAAUGGAUUUCCGAUCGAGCUCAUCGGCUUCGGAAGUUGAAUCCAGAUGAUCGACUACACAGACAUCGACGGCUAAAAUGGAAACUUACUCUACCGGAGAAGGUCCAGAAUGUCCAAGCCAUCCCUCUCCGGUUUUUUCGGGCUAUAGCAUGGUUUUACGCAACAGAGUUGACGACUACUUUCUGGAGAGGCACGAGAGGCUUUUGUAGUCGUGCAAUCCAGAAGUGGGGAUGGUGCAUGUUGGCCGCAUUUGUUUGUAUUUCAUUUUCGGGCUUGAGCUUCACUCACUUCAAUGGUAUUUGGGGCUAUGGAGGGAAGACAUAUUUCUUCAUUAUCCUGGGGAUGGCGUUACCAGUUGCUCUCCUAUUGAUUACUCUAUCUAUGGUCGAUGCCACAUUGCGUGAUAUUCUCCGUAUGAAUGUAGGAGUAGCUAUAGUGGAGAAGUGUGUGUGCAUCCCACUCGCCAUAUUUCUUGGCGUGGUGGGAGGCCAGACACACUUGUUUGUAGCAGGUUCCAUUUACCUGUUCGCUGGAGGGUGGCUUUGUUUUGUAUAUGUCGCAGAAAUGCGAUAUGUUCUGGGCAUUUUCAACACUCUUAUCACUACAGCUACGGUACGGGUUUCCAAGUUGGACAGUAGUGAUCACUUCCUUGUUUUGGUGGCUAUCUUAGCUGAUGUCAGCAUUUCAGCAAUUUUGUAUGGGGGUCGACACGCUCUCCAUGAUUCUCGCGAAGACGGUAUAUCUACAGGAUUACGCGAGCCUUUGGUCACCGGGGAGGAUGUCUAGAUGUACCUGGUGGGCGCUUCUCUUUAUCUUUUCGUUGCGGAUCUUAAAGUGUAAUAAUAGAGCACUUUUUCAUUCCAUAUAUGCAUCUAUAUGGCCAGGGGACCUUUUUCAUUUGCGUAUAUGCAUCUAUAUAUGCACUUUUUCAUUCCAUAUAUGCUGCUCCUUAUUUCUUAGUUUGUCUCAUGUUGUUAAUCAUCAUCAUUUGCACUCAUAAUAUUACUCCAUAUUGGUGAAAGAAUUAGUUAUUUUAAUUAAUUCUGAUAAUUUGAAUAUAAUUAGUCUUUAUUA